UCCCGUAAAAUAAAAACAAAUCUCAGCCUCCUUUGGUCCUUCCACCUCUCGCCGUCUCCGCGCCGCCCCAUGCCACGCCAUAGCUGUGCCUCCCUGCCGUACCAGCGCCGCCUUGCCGUGCCCAGCGGCCGGCACCUUUCCUCCGAGGACCGCCGCCUACCACGCUCCCUUCUCUCCUCCUUCUCCUCCCUACCGCCGGCCCUCUCCCUUCUCUUCUUCCUCCCUACCGUCGCCCACGCCACUGCUCCCGGUCCUGGUUGAGCCGCCCUCCUCCCCAGAUCGUCGGUUGGGGGGAUCCGUCCCCCCCCCCCCCCCCCCUCUCCCCCAGAUCCGGCACUCACGGUUCCGGAUCCGGCAGACUGUGCAGCGAGGGAGGCUGCCGGUGGCCCAGCCUUCCCCUGUUGCUGGAGGUGGCGGCUGUUCCCAGCGCCAUCCACCUCUCCAGUCGUUGCUCGUCGGCAUCGCCUAAGCUCCCCGAACCGCAGCUGCCCUGCUCGAGCCCGCCAAUCCAUCUGUGUGUUAGGCUGCUAGCUGAUGCAUGGGUGGGAUAUCCUGCAACUGUUGCUGCCAAGGGAAUGUUUUGUUACUUUGCCAUCUCAGAUUAGGUACCCUUGUGCCUGCUAUUUUAAAGAAGAAAAACAUGUAUUCGCUGAUCGAUAGCCAGUUCAUGAAUUCAAUUGGUUUAAGGAUCGUUGUGGCUAUUGAUUCUUGGGAGAUUAUGUUUGUAAAGAUUUUGAAUGACAGCCAAAAUAGCAUGACAUGUGUGCUCAGGAACACACAAAUCAUUCCUCUGUUCAGGGGCAUGAAGUUAGCUCAAAUGUUUCUGCCCACGAGCUUGUUGCGGAUCAAGAUGUCUUGUUUGGAGCUUUCUUCCAUGAGUCUCAAAUAGGAGCACUUACUUUCUCAUUGUUGCUAAUGAGCAUAGAAAACUCUUGCCAUUUACUUAUCUGUUAAGGCUACAAUGUGGAUGUUUUUUUGGUGUGGCUGCUAUUGGUCAUGAACAUGUUAUUUGAAUGAAGACUAAGAUUGAUUGAAUUAAUUUUUGUUUUGUGUA